AUGUUGACGGAUCCGAGAGCGAGAACAUAUUUAACUCGAUUGUACAUUCAGAUAUCGGAGCUUCGGGAGAGAAUCUCAGUAACAUUUCCAUCCCCGUUGUUUAAGAUUGGGGCUCUGCGUAAAAUGACUGCGGUUGGAUUUGAUGUAAAUCGUAAGGGUAACUUCAAUAAUUACAUGAUCGUGAUUAACAUCAAUCUGAUCCAUUCCUAA